AAAAUUGUUUUAUUUUUUUGGUGAAACGCAAAAUCUGUCUGUAGACAUUAACCUUACCAUUUACCAUUGCACGUCUAUCAAACACGAGAAAAUACGCGAUACGAAUUUGAAAACAAGCUAUUAAUGGAAUAGAAUUGUUGAAUGCGUGCGCACAAACACCGACAGCUGAGAGAAGAUCAAAUUUAGGGUGCAUACGUAAGAGUGUACUCUAGAAUCAUACAUCUUUAUUACUGCAUUGGGCCCUUUUAGCUACCAUGGCGCACUGUAUGCGAGUUUUGCAUCGCCAAGGGGGCAAGGCCAGCAGUGUUUUGCUGACCGAAAUCCAGAGAAGAUGUUUCCACUUAUCACCUUUGGCAGCCGCCGCCGCACAAGUGGCAAUGAGCAAGUUCGACAAAGACGGAAUGCCAUAUGAUAAAUUAGUCAAAAAUCUUGAAGUAGUUAAAAACAGACUCAAACGGCCACUAACUCUAUCAGAAAAAGUGCUUUAUUCGCACUUGGAUGACCCAGCGAAGCAGGAUAUCGAACGAGGAACAUCUUAUUUAAGAUUGCGACCGGACCGUGUGGCUAUGCAAGAUGCCACCGCUCAAAUGGCCAUGUUACAAUUCAUCUCUAGUGGUCUCAAAAGAGUUGCAGUACCUAGUACUAUCCACUGCGAUCACUUAAUCGAAGCCCAAAUAGGCGGCGAACAAGAUUUAGCACGAGCCAAAGAUCUUAACCAAGAAGUGUACAGUUUCUUAAGUAGCGCUGGAAAUAAAUAUGGUGUUGGCUUCUGGAAACCAGGAUCAGGUAUCAUUCAUCAAAUUAUUCUCGAAAAUUAUGCUUUCCCCGGUCUUCUAAUGAUUGGCACCGACUCACACACACCAAAUGGUGGCGGUUUGGGUGGUCUUUGCAUCGGUGUUGGCGGUGCAGAUGCUGUAGAUGUGAUGGCGAACAUACCUUGGGAAUUGAAGUGUCCGAAAGUUAUCGGUGUUAAAUUGACUGGCAAACUCGGAGGCUGGACUUCCCCCAAAGACGUCAUUCUGAAAGUAGCCGACAUCUUAACAGUCAAGGGCGGCACAGGCGCCAUCGUCGAGUACUUCGGUCCUGGAGUGGACUCCAUUUCGUGCACCGGCAUGGCCACCAUUUGCAACAUGGGUGCUGAAAUUGGCGCUACCACGUCACUUUUCCCUUACAACAGUCGCAUGUCCGACUACCUCAAAGCCACGAAACGUGGUGAAAUCGCAGGCGUAGCCGACAAAGUCAAGAACGUACUUUUGAACGCCGACCAAGGCUGCAAUUACGAUCAAGUGAUUGAAAUUAAUCUCGAUACGCUGGAACCACAUGUCAAUGGACCUUUCACACCCGACUUGGCUAAUCCCAUCAGCAAACUGGGAGAAGCUGCCCAGAAAAACGGAUGGCCCAAUGAGAUUAAGGUCGGACUGAUCGGGUCUUGUACGAACAGCUCGUACGAGGAUAUGGGCCGCUGCGCCAGCAUUGUGAAGGAAGCGCUGAAGCACGGGUUGAAGUCGAAGAUUCCGUUCAACGUGACUCCCGGAUCCGAACAGAUUCGGGCCACGAUAGAAAGGGAUGGAAUUGCGAAAACUUUGAGAGAUUUCGGCGGCACGGUUCUGGCUAACGCCUGUGGCCCCUGCAUCGGUCAAUGGGACCGAAAAGACGUCAAGAAGGGAGAGAAAAACACCAUCGUAACCUCAUACAACCGCAACUUCACAGGUCGGAAUGAUGCGAAUCCUGCAACUCAUUCGUUCGUCACGUCUCCGGAAUUGGUAACGGCACUCAGUAUUGCCGGCCGCUUAGAUUUCGAUCCUACAAAGCAGGAGUUAACCGGUGCCGAUGGAAAAAAAUUCAAAUUGAGUUCACCAUUUGGGGAUGAGCUUCCCAGCAAAGGCUUCGAUCCUGGUCAAGACACAUACGAAGCACCUGUGAAAGACGGCAACACGGUUAAAGUAGAUGUUAGUCCGAAGUCCCAAAGAUUGCAGCUGUUGGAGCCUUUUGAUAAGUGGAAUGGCAAAGAUUUGCAGGAUCUAGUCGUUUUGAUUAAAGUUAAAGGGAAAUGUACGACGGAUCAUAUUUCAGCGGCAGGACCGUGGUUGAAAUACCGUGGACAUCUUGAUAACAUAUCUAAUAACUUAUUUAUUGGGGCUACCAAUGCAGAGAAUGGUGAAAUGAACAAGAUCAAGAAUCAACUGACAGGAGAAUGGGGUGCCGUUCCAGAUGUAGCUCGUCACUACAAAAGAAACAACCUCGGCUGGGUCGCCGUUGGUGAUGAAAAUUACGGAGAAGGAAGUUCCCGCGAGCAUGCAGCCUUAGAACCAAGACAUUUGGGCGGACGUGCCAUCAUCGUCAAAUCGUUCGCACGUAUUCACGAAACUAACCUCAAAAAGCAAGGACUUUUGCCUUUAACAUUUGCGAACCCCAGUGAUUAUGAUAAGAUCCAGCCUACUGAUAGAAUUAGUAUUAAAGGUCUUAGCGGUUUGGCACCCGGUAAACAGGUGGAAUGUGAAAUCAAACAUAAAGAUGGGAAGGUUGAGAAGAUUCUUCUCAAUCAUUCGCUCAACGAACUCCAGAUUGGAUGGUUUAAAGCUGGAAGCGCACUUAACCGCAUGAAGGAAAUAGCGGCUUAGAAAGCCUUUUGUAGGUGAUUUUUUUCAUGAUAUUGUCGCAAUUCAAAAAUUAAUUUUAUUUAAUUUGUUCACUUGGUCUUGAAGGAUACUUUUGUAUCGUCUGGUUAUAGUGGCAAUGUUUGAUGUCUGCUGUACAUAGUUUUUAAUUCUUUUUUCAUGUUGUUGUCCCGGUUUAUCGUAAUAAAACUAUUGACAAUAAUAAGAA